GGGGAACAAGCAGACGAUCUUCACCGACGAGCAGCUGGAUAACUACCAGGACUGCUCCUUCUUCAAUCGGAAUGACAUCCUCAAGUUGCAUGCCCGGUACUACGAGCUCGCGCCCAACAUCGUGCCCAUGGACUACCGAAAGAACCCUAUCGUCACCGUGCCCAUGUCGGUCAUCAUACAAAUGCCGGAGUUCAAGGAGAAUCCCUUCAAGGAGAGAAUUGUGGCAUCUUUCUCCGAGGAUGGUGAGGGGAAUCUCACCUUCAAUGACUUUGUGGACAUGUUCUCAGUCCUCUGUGAGUCGGCGCCCAGGGAACUCAAAGCGAGCUAUGCCUUUAAGAUCUAUGACUUCAACAAUGACAACUUCAUCUGCAAGAAAGACCUGGAGCUGACCCUAGCCCGGCUGACCAAGUCAGAACUGGAGGAGGAAGAGGUGGUGCUCGUGUGUGAUAAGGUCAUUGAGGAGGCUGAUUUGGAUGGAGAUGGAAAACUCAGCUAUGCAGACUUUGAAGACAUGAUUGCUAAGUCCCCUGACUUUCUGAGCACUUUUCACAUUCGGAUCUGAAGCUACCCAGAAGAUCCCAGAGAUGACAUCAGCUCAGCCCAGGCACCCCCAAGAAGCCCCCAGGACCCUCCUUUCAGAGAGAAGGGUUUUUCCAGGCUUGUAUCAUCAGCAGAAGCUGUGGCUUCCUGAUUUUAUACAUGUGAAAAUAUAUUAUGGCCCUAUCAGCAAAAAACAAAAACAAGAAACACAAACCCAUUAGAAAAGUAACAAUAACCAACUCAGCUCCCAGGAGGCUCUCAUCUGUCUCCCAUGUGCUCGCAAGAUCUCAUGCUCUCACAGCUUUCUCCCCGAUACGGAAAAUACUCUCAGCCAGCCAGAGUGCUGGGACUGGUAAUGAUCUCUGGCCAGUUUGCAUGGCAUGGAAUCUGUCCAUCUGCCUGUCUGGAGGGGGUCACAGGCAGGGGACCAUAUUUUGAUUCCUGGCCUAAGGUUUGCCAAUCCAUUGGCUCUGCAGUGGAGGCCAAGCUGGGUCUAAAUCUGUUCUGCCUUGGGAAAUGAGGCUUCAGACAUGAUGACAGCUGUACCUUUUACUUCCCGAACCUCCUUAAAGAACUAAGAAGAGGAAAAGGGAAAAAAACAUCCUUAAAAAAAAAAGGGAGCUUCACUCAGUUGAAAGUUGGCAAGAUUUCUGAGAAGCAUGGGAGGGAUCACAAAAGGAAAAAAAAAGGGAUGAGGUUUUGAAUCAGCUAUGCAAUCUUUCUCAUUGAAUGCCUGUAUUCAGCUCUGCCUUUCUCCCUUUUCCACCAGACACUGUCACCCCAUCUCCGGGCCUGGCCUGGGACCCCCUGCCGCUAGCCUCUGGCAGUCAAAGGAAGGGCUGUCACUCUUAAUUUCAUCCCUCUUUUCCCCACUAAACAUUCUGCCUGAUUUGACCAGGGCUAAAGAGUAUGUGGACUUUGGCUCUAUUAUUCAUUCAUUCACUCAUUCAGGCAAUCAGCAAGUCCCUACUAAGUACCUACAUUGGGUUAGGUACUGGGUAGGGAUAAAAGGACAAAACAGGAGUUUACAGUCUAUUUGGGAAGACAGCCUGUGUGUGUAUAUAAAUACAUAAAAAUAAAUAUUGAAAUAUCUUGGGGAGAAGGCCCUAGCAUUUAGGGGAAUUCAAAAACAAAAGGUCAUGUCUGAGCUGAGCUUUGAAGAAAUCUAGAGAUUCUAAGAGGCAGGGAGUAUGUUCCAGGCCUGUACAAAGGCCGAGUGAUGGGAGAUGAGGUAUCAUGGAUAAAGAACCAGUUUGGCCAGACUGUAGAUUUCACAAAGGGAGGUGGUGGUAGUAAUAGACGAUAAGACAGGAAAAGUAGGGUGAAGUUAGGGUGCCAAAAAAAGUUGAUAAUUGAUCCUGGAAGCAAUAGGUAGCCAUUUGGGGUUUGCUGAAUACAGAAGUGGUAUAUCCUGACCUGAACAUUAGGAAAAUUGUGUUGGCAGCUGUGUGCAUGGUAGAUUGCAGUGGGGAAAGACUUAAGUCAAGGGCACCAAUUUGGAAGCAAUUGUAAUAAUCAAGAAGUGAGAAGAACUUGAAUUAAGUUGGAGGCUAUUUGAAGGAGAGAAAGGGAUGGAUGGGAGGAUAUGGAGGGAGAAUUGGCCAGACUUGGCAACUGAUUGGAUGAGAAGGUAGGGGAGAGAGGAAUUGUGGAUGAAUCUAAGGUUUCAGACCUGGGAGGCUGGAAGGAUGAUAGUAGUGAGAAAGAUGAUUUCCAUUUUGGAUUUGUUGAGUUUAAAAUGCCUACAGAACAUUCUCAUGGAAAUGUCCAAUAAGCAGUUGGUUAUUUGACAAACAUUAUAUAUCUACUGUGUGCCUAGGAGCUGAACCCAUGGGGAGAUGAAAAGUGUAGGAAGCUAUUUCUUGCAUGGUAUUAUUUGAGAAAAUCCACCAUCAAAGGCUCAUUCCUUUGGUUUAAGUAUCACCCUCUCCAUGUUCUUCCUUAAAAAAUGCAAACUCCACCACCCACCCCAGAAGUGGAAAUUUACUUAGUCCUCUGAACCAGAUGUAUAUGGAAUGUCUUUACUAGAUUGUAAGCACCUUGACAUCAGGAAACAAGUCAAUCGAUCAAUCAUAAACAUUUAUUAGGUGUCUGCUAUGUGGCAGGCACUGUGCUAAGAGCUGGGGAUACAAAAAAUGGCAAAAAAACAGUCCCUGUCCUCAAGGAGCUUACAAUCUAAAGGAGAAGAUGACAUGUAAACAAAGAUAUGUAAUACAAGCUUUAUGCAGGAUAAAUCAGAAAUAAUUUAUAGACAAAGGCCCUAGAAUUAAGAGGGAUUG